CUCCUGUGUGUAUCCAAACAAAGCGAGCUUGUUAGUUACCCAACUUUCUACUGGGUACUUUUUUCUUAUAAAAUGCCCCAAUUAGGGUUUCCGGAGGACAUACAACACAGAGUAAUACUAUUCCCUCCCAGGUCCGCCGCUUAGGCUUUGAGGUGGAUAUUACUCCCUAUCUCACUCUCACACACAAGCACACACAGCAUUUCUCCAUCGGUCAACGCAAUAUUAAUCACAGCCACCAGUGUAAAAAAUACGCAGAUAUUAAUAUUUUGACAAUCAGUCUUCCUUUUUCCUGUCAAUGUAAAGCGAAUCCGUAUUUUGAACAAUCUCUUGGGUUAUCUCCUCCAAAAUUUCAGACGUAGACAACAUUUCUGAGUUUAUACAAGCGUGGGUUUCAUUAGUACAACAACUGUAUGAGAGAAGUUUUCUGGCUCAAAACACGCAUUAUCUUUCUCUGCCAAGACUGAAGUGAGGGGAGUCCAUUUAUGUACACUAAUUUGUACAGCAGGGGACCUACCAUGCAAGCAGUUUCCCAUUUUCAUCCGAUAUGUUACUUAUCUAACAGAAGAAGCUCUAUUGAACCUGGUGGUUGGAUGAAAAUGAACGCCCCAAAUUCAAGUCAAAAUGCUGGAAGGGUGGAAUUAACUGGAGCAGCUCAACUUUGUAAGUUUUUUAUACCUGUAAGAAGAUCCAGGUUGUUUGUGAUUCCCAACACAAAUGACGGUCACCCAUGUGUUUCACCAUCCGAGGAAAAUACAAACAUAAACCAUGCACUUGCAGAGACAUCGUUGAGCAAAUGGUCUCCUCCUAGGUACCUAUGGAGGGGAUUAUCAGUUCUUAUCCUGGCAGGGCAGGUAAUUAUUAGGAUUUUAAUGGGUAAAAUCCACUGGAGGAACACUCUCCAACAGCUGGAGAGAGUUGGUCCACGGUCAGUUGGUGUCUGUCUGUUAACCUCAGCUUUUGUUGGCAUGGCCUUCACUAUCCAGUUUGUUAGAGAAUUCACAAGAUUAGGCUUAAACAGAUCUGUUGGUGGAGUAUUGGCCCUAGCCUUCUCAAGGGAGCUAAGUCCUGUGGUCACAUCUAUUGUAGUUGCAGGGCGUAUUGGGAGUGCCUUUGCUGCAGAGUUGGGGACAAUGCAGGUUUCUGAGCAAACAGACACUCUAAGAGUUCUUGGUUCAGACCCAGUCGAUUAUCUAGUGACACCAAGGGUCAUUGCUUCUUGUGUUGCACUACCAUUUUUGACUUUGAUGUGUUUCACAGUAGGGAUGGCAUCUAGUGCUCUCCUUGCGGACGGUGUUUAUGGAGUUAGCAUUAACAUUAUAUUAGAUUCUGCUCAGAGAGCUCUUAGAUCAUGGGAUAUAAUUAGUGCAAUGAUCAAGUCUCAGGUUUUUGGUGGAAUCAUAUCUAUUGUGAGCUGUGCUUGGGGAGUUACCACCAUGGGAGGUGCGAAAGGUGUUGGAGAAGCAACUACCUCUGCUGUGGUUCUCUCUCUUGUUGGUAUCUUUAUUGCCGAUUUUGCACUCUCUUGUUGCUUCUUUCAGGGAGCUGGAGAUUCACUGAAGGAUUGUGUAUAAUCUUUGCAAACUUUUUGUUGAUUGGCUUAUGAUGCUUGGGUAAUUGGGAAGUUAUUCGCUUUUAUAGUUAAAAUUGCCAUCAAAGAAAGUGGAGCUCUUGUUCUUGUAAGUGCUU